AUGAAAUUCGGAGAAGAGUUGAUUUCAAAAAUUUUUGAGCCUUGGAGAGUAUCCUACAUUGACUACAAUCGUCUAAAGGUAGAAUUCAAGAGCCGGCAACAGGAUCAUCAAUGGACGUACAACGACGAAAUUGAAUUCAGAGCAUUGCUUCAGUGCGAAUUGGACAAAGUUUAUGGAUUUGUAUCUCUACGUAUCCACGAUUUAAAGCGGCGAAUUGAAGUUUGCGAACGUUCUCUGGACAGCCUGAACCAUAACAGUGACAGUAGCCCAUACGGUCGCAUAGAUGACGAGCUCACAGAGAUAUUGCUGGAUGUGAACGACAUUAGCCGAUUCACCCAACUUAACUGGACAGGAUUUCGCAAGAUCCUCAAAAAGCACGACCGUUGGACUGGCAUCGACAUGACCAAUUCCUUUAUCACAAGCUUGCAGGAGAAGCCUCUCGACAACCAGAGAUUCGAUGCUCUCUUUGUGAGUGUAUCUCGCCUUCAUGACCUCUGUCGCCUACGCGGAAAAGCUCGAGGCGGAAAUUCGGCAGCAGGAGAAGACCAGACAGCAUUCGAGAGAGCAACUGCCAAGUACUGGAUUCACCCCGAUAAUAUUUCCGAAGUCAAAGCUGUCAUCCUUCUACAUUUGCCUGUUUUGAUCUUUGAUCAGAACAAACCUUACGAAGAGGCCGACUCCGCUGUGUCAUCCGUCUACUUUGACAAUAAUGAGUUUGACUUAUACUCUGAGAGACUCCAGCGUCUUGAUGCUGCAGAAGCUAUCCGGUUCCGCUGGUAUGGAAACGAGCAAGCAAAGGGUAUCUACAUUGAACGCAAGACUCACCACGCUCCUUGGAUGAAUGGCCACUCUGUUAAGGAUCGGUUCAGAUUGAAGGAGCCUCAAGUCAACGAAUUUAUGCAAGGCACUUACACCGCCGACAUGCUGGCUGAUGACCAUCGACGUAAGGGAAAACUUGAUGAGGUGGCCAUUGAGAAUCACCACUUCAUUGCAUCCGGUAUACAGCAAUCCAUUCGAGACAGGAGACUACGCCCUAUGUGCAGAGUCUUCUACAACCGUACGGCUUUCCAGUUACCCGGAGAUCAAAAGUUAAGGCUGAGCUUGGAUUGCAACAUGACUUUUAUUAGGGAAGAUCAUUUGGACGGUGAGCAACGUAGAAAAAAUGACAACUGGAGAAGAACCGAUGUUGGCAUCGACUUCCCUUUCCGAAGAGUACCAGAAAAGGAUGUCUUUCGGUUCCCCUAUGCUGUCUUGGAGACCAAGUUGCAAACUCACCUUGGACAAGAAACGCCAGAAUGGCUCAAUCGAUUGUUAAGCAGCCACUUGGUCCAUGAAGUUCCAAACUUUUCAAAGUACUUGCACGGUGCCGCUGUGCUUUACAACAAUCUAACUCCUGUACUUCCAUGGUGGCUAUCAGAAAUGGAUGUUGAUAUCCGUAAGCAACCAACCAUAUCUUGUGGACUCUCUCGCUCCAAAAGUCUCAGGCCAUUGGUCAAUGGAAGACGCCGUGCUUCACUCGAAAAGGAUUAUCUUACUGCUGUGGCCGCGUCGGCUGCUGCCGCUGCUACAACAGCUGCUUCUACCAUUGCCAAGAGUACGCAUGCAUCUCCUUCUGUCAGGAUCGACCUUACCGGCUCUGAAUCGGACGACCAGCUAAGCGGAGAAACUUAUGGAGGCUAUGGUGCAAAAGAAAAAGACACAAAGUCAAGGGCGGCAUAUGUCGUGAAUAGAUUUGUACAUAAGAUUGCUAGCCAGAAGAGGCAUUUCCGAAACACUUGGCAAUUAAGGAAGAAAAAUCAAGAUGUCGAAAGCAGACCUAUCCGGCCUGUCAUACCCAUGAAGAAGAUAGAGCCUAAAGCGUUCUUCGCCAAUGAAAGAACUUUUAUAUCCUGGCUACAGUUCUGUGCCUUGCUCCUGACGGUGGCACUCAACUUGCUUAACUAUGGUGAUCACAUCUCAAGAACGGUUGGAGCUAUCUUUUUGGUUAUUUCAGCAGUUUUAGCCAUAUAUGCUCAAAUACGAUUCCAGUACAGAGCUUGGCAACUAAGAAACCAUAAUUCUGCACGCUACGACGAUGUUUGGGGCCCUCUAGCUCUUUGCAUUCUUUUGGUUGCUGCUCUCAUCAUCAAUUUUUAUUUGCGAUUCUCUCAAGACUCAGCCCCCAGUCAUCCUAUUAAUCAAGCCUAGGGUCCAAAGCCCCACGGAUCGCCCUUGACAAAUUUUCUAGCUCUAAUUGCUGAUAGGCACUUUCUUUUUUCGUACAGUCAAGUUAUUACUUGGGUAUGACUGAUUUUCCGUUCUUUCACACUGUUUAUUUUUCAGCAGAUUCAGCUGUUUUGCACAUCCUAUUGACACACAAACAAAAUACGCAUAAAUGACGUUCAUCAGUUUGAAAUGA